AGUGCACUGAGUUAGAGAUAAAAAUGGUGUGCAGGAUUGUUUUGCUUUGUUUGAGCUUCUGGCGUCUCGCUGGAGUGUUUGGUGUUGAGAUCGAUGAGACUGAGUCUCUGUCUGUGAUGGAGGGCGAUUCUGUCACCCUACAGACUGGCGUGACUAAAAUACAAGAGGACGAUCUGAUCAUGUGGAUGUGUGGAGAUCAGUGUAUCGCCAAACUCAACAUAUCGUCCCAAGUCAUCUCUGAAAUGGACCACAGAUUCAGAGACAGACUCAUACUGGACCAGACUGGAUCUCUGACCAUCAACAGCACCAGGACCACAGACUCUGGAGUGUAUAAAGCACAGUUAAUUGGGCAAAAAGUGUUCAAGAAGACUUUCAUUGUCACCAUUAUUGCUCGUCUUCCCAAACCUGCCAUCAACAGCUACUGCCCACAAAAUCCACCAUCCUCAGGAUCCUCAGACCUUAAAUGUGUCCUGCUGUGUUCAGUGGUGAAUGUGAGCGCUGUGAGUCUCUCCUGGUACAAAGGAAACAGUGUAUUGUCCAGCAUCAGUGUGUCUGAUCUCAGCAUCAGUCUCUCUCUACCUCUGGAGGUGGGAUAUCAGGAUAAAAACAUCUACAGCUGUGUGAUCAACAACACUAUCAGCAACCAGACCACACAUCUAGACAUCAACAUACUCUGCCGGCCAUGUUCAGAUUGUGUCUGCUGCUGUGACUCCACUGAAGCUGCGAUCCAAUUGGUCCUUUCUUCUCUGGUGGGCGUGGCUACUGUAGCCAUCUUGGUUUAUGACUUCAAAUCCAGAAGAGCCGAACAGAAAAGCCGCAAGCCAUCUCAGCCUUCAACCAGUCUUCAGGAAACAAGCAUUAAUUUAUUACAACAGGACUAAUCUAAGUACUUUAAUCUAAAAUAUUAAUUAAUGAUUAAUAGAUAGAUAUAAUUAAUUAAUGAUAGAAUAGAUUAAAGAUUAAUGCUUCUGGUGGCUCAGUGGUUAGCACUGUCGCCUCACAGCAAGAAGGUCCUUGAUUCGAGUCCCGGCUGGGCCAGUUGGCAUUUCUAUGUGGAGUUUGCAUGUUCUCCCCGUGUUGGUGUGGGUUUCCUCUGGGUGCUCCGGUUUCCCCCACCGUCCAAACACAUGCGCUAUAGGGGAUUUGGGUAAACUAAAUUGGCCGUAGUGUAUGAGUGUUAAUGUGAGAGUGUAUGGGUGUUUCCCAGUACUGGAAGCCCAUCCGCUGCGUAAAACAAAUGCCAGAAUAGUUGGCGGUUCAUUCCGCUGUGGCAACCCCUGAUAAAUAAAGGACUAAGCUGAAAGAAAAUGAAUGAAUGAGUGUUUA